AACACCUCAACGAUCCAGCUAGUGUCUGUUAACUCUUAAGUGGCCGGCCACCUCCAGAGUCCAGCAACAGACACCCCCUAGCUACGUCCUCUUUGGUUUGGUUUGGUUUCGACCCCGGUCUCGAAGCUCUCCCUCUUCAUAUUAAUCUCCCCCCGAUACCAGCAGCUAGUAGCACUAGAGUAGACAUCGCCUUCUCUGCUCGAUCUAUUCCUGCAAGUAGCUCCUACUGCUAGUCAAGAUGCUGCACGAGGCGGCGCCAUGCACGUGCGGGCUGCUCUACGGCAGCUGCGGCGGCGGCUGCUCCAUGCUGUUCGCCGCGGCGCCGGGGGACCACCACUACUACAUCAAGCAAUGCGGCGACGACGGCUCCUACGCCUCCUACGGCGGCUCCGUCGACUGCACGCUCUCGCUCGGCACGCCCUCCACCAGGCGCGCCGAGGCCGGGGUCCGCGCGCCGGCGGCCGGGCUGCCGUGGGAGGCAGUGCCCAGCUGCAACGGCAGGCAGGAUAUCGGCCCGGCGCGCGCUGAUCAGAGCAAUGCCGGCGCCGCGUCCGCUCGCCGGUGCGCCAACUGCGACACCACCUCCACCCCGCUCUGGAGGAACGGGCCACGCGGACCAAAGUCAUUGUGCAAUGCGUGCGGAAUCCGGUACAAGAAGGAGGAGAGGCGCGCGGCGGCGGCCGCGGUGGCGCCGACGGCGCUUGCAUCGGACAGCGGCAUCGAGUACGCGUACGGGUACGCGCGGCACCACCACCACCAGCAGCAGCAGCAGCAGCAGUGGGGGUGCUACGGCCCGGCCGUGGCGAAGGCGGCGUCCUACGGGCUGUUCGGCGACGCGGCGGCGGAGGACGGGCCGUGCCUGCCAUGGGGGCUCGGCGUCAUGCCCUCGUCGCCGGCGUUCGGGUCCGUCCGGGAGAUGACAAGCCUGUUCCAGUACUACUAGCCAUAGCCAUAGCCAUAGCUCGCUCGCUCUCUAGGGACUUUCUUUCCUUCCUUCUCCCCUUUUAAGUAACAAAGAAGAUGCUGUGGUACUUCUUUUUGAGGGCACGCAAGAUGCUGUGCUUGACCAACGACCCGGCUGCGGCUGCAUGAAAGUUGAAGCUGAAAUGAAAUGGAUCACUCCCCGAUUUCUUUCC